UCGCACACAUCUAUAUUGAGAUGAUAUUGCCGCAUCCUGAGCUCUCUCUUUUUUUCACCUUUUCAACUAAUUUGUGUUUUUUUUAAAAUAAUCAGUUUGUUUGUCUAUUUACUUAUUUAAUUAUAAAAAGCUAUUAUAUGUAUUUUUUUUUUCCUCCUCGCUUCGUUCUGUUAAACAGUUUUUACUUACUCGAGGUUCCUCCUUGGCCGGAAUAUUCCAGAUUUAUACGUACGGCGACACUCGUAUAUCUCCGAUGAUGGAAGACGGUUCGAUUCCGGCAGAGAACGGCUCCGAUGGCGAUGGAUCGGCUCUGAUAUUCCUGGGAACGGGAUGCUCGAGCGCGGUCCCUAACGCAAUGUGCUUGAUCCAGAAGUCCGAUUCUCCCUGCCACGUCUGCUCUCAGUCUCUUUCGAUCCCUCCCGAGAGAAACCCUAACUACAGGGGAAACACUUCACUGCUCAUUGAUUAUUGCUCAAGUGAUGGCAAUCAUAACUACAUUCAAAUCGACGUUGGCAAGACGUUCAGGGAACAAGUCCUUCGUUGGUUCACUCUUCACAACAUUCCUCAAGUUGAUUCUAUCAUUUUGACACAUGAGCAUGCUGAUGCGGUACUUGGCCUGGAUGAUAUACGUUCCGUGCAGCCGUUUAGUCCCACCAAUGAUAUAGAUCCUACUCCUAUUUUUGUUAGCCAAUAUGCUAUGGACAGCCUUGCUGUGAAGUUCCCGUAUUUGGUUCAGAAGAAACUUAAAGAAGGACAAGAAGUUAGGCGAGUGGCACAGCUGGAUUGGAGAGUGAUAGAGGAAGAUUGUGAGAAGCCUUUUGUUGCUUCAGGAUUAUCAUUCACGCCACUUCCAGUGAUGCAUGGAGAAGACUAUGUUUGUCUUGGUUUCCUUUUUGGAGAAAAAUCCAGAGUGGCGUAUAUAUCUGAUGUCUCACGCUUUCUUCCAAGCACUGAGUAUGUUAUAUCGAAAUCUGGGGGCGGACAGUUGGAUCUCCUUAUCUUGGAUACACUAUAUAAGGUGACACAGAUCAUCCUUAGGCUUAAUGAUCAAACAUUUUAUGAAUACUGUAUGCUGAUGUUUCCACACUCUUUCUCCAUCUUUCUUUUAUUUUGCCUGCAGACAGGAUCCCACAACACCCAUUUGUGUUUCCCGCAGACACUAGAGACAAUCAAAAGACUGGGUCCGAAAAGGGCUCUUUUAAUCGGAAUGACUCACGAGUUUGAUCACCACAAAGACAACGAGUUUCUUGAGGAAUGGUCUAAAAGGGAAGGGAUUUCAGUAAAACUUGCGCAUGAUGGCUUGAGAGUCCCUAUUGAUCUAUGAAGAGGUCACUCUCAGGGACAAAGUCAUAUUAAGCGUACGAGAUCACGGGACCGUUAAGACAUGUCAAACUAGUUUGAAUAUGGAAAACAUGUAUCAGCUUCUUAAGAUUCAAACCCUUUCUCCACACUCCAUAUUGGACUCUUUAUAAAGAUAUGAAAUUCCUGAUUACUACAUUAAAUUAUAAGAGAAACUCAAGGUAGUACGACGAUUCCACUUCAUAGAAACACAGAAAAGUGUCUGAUCUAUAGGUAUGGAGACCAAAAUCAUUUAGUCUUCAUAAUCUUUUCAUUUUUGACUUUAGAAAGCAAACAAAAUGAUAUAUCACACAACCUUCAAUGAGUUUCCUUCGUGCUUACAAGCUUUGGCCUACAUCUAAUCCUCACAACAGAAAGCUAAUCUAGGUUCCACCAACUACCUAAUUAAGCAAUAUCUUUUUGGGUAGUAACUUCAUGGACCCACUGGUGGGGAAUGGUUUGUGUCUCCACAUCUGUUUUCAACUCUGGUAGUCAAACUCAUGGGUUUGAACCUUUGCAAAUUAGAUAAACGUUCUAAAUUAUUUGAUUAAAUAAUAUUAGCAAUGUGAAAUGGAAAAAAUGUCAUAAAGUGUGCGAGGAAAUUUAACUAGUGGCUUCUUUGACGGCUUAUCUCGUACACCGACCACAUUGGCGCACAAGUUCAACAAGGCCAUUAUGAAAGUAUCGACAUUUACGUUUAUAUAUGUUUGUUUGAACUUUCUUUUAGUGAGUACAAAUAUUUUCGCUGUUGACCAAAAAAAUGGCUACAAGCUUUUCGUUAUUUAUUCAAUUCAGAAAAUCAAAUAAAUUAGCGACUAGUAUGUACAUCACGAUCACAUCAACGUUGAUGAUAUGUAUGGAACAAUAUAUCUAAAUGUUCAUGUCACUGUUUGUGAGAAGAAAAUAAUCUUCUAUUUAUGAAUGUAGAAAAGAAUGUUGGAUGCGUGUAAAUUAGGCAAAAAAAUCUCCACAGUCCAACCAGUAUCAUUUUCUCUGAAAUUCAUACAUAGACAAACGACAAAAAUCAACCAUAUGGCUCAAGUUUGUCAUCAACUAGAGCCAAGAACCAUAUAUAUAUAUAUUUAUUUUCCUUUAAAAGUUUUCAUAUUUAAAUUUCUAUUUUUUUUUAUAAGAGACCACUGAAAAAAUUAUAUAAAAAGAAAUAAACUAAACCACAAAAUCGGUCCUAUCUAGACCGGGAUGGUCCGACUCCUAAACCAACUAAAACUGAGGACAAAAAAAGACCCAACGCUGAAACAUAUUAUUAAAACCAAGAACCAAAUAACUAUCACAAAAACAUAUUAUAAAGUUACGAUUAUAUUAUAAAUUAGUGUAAUGUUCUUUUGCAUUUGUAAUGACACUAAAUCUAUAGCACAGUCACAUGAGUAAAUGAUUAAAUGUGUUACAUCUUAGUCUCGUACUUACUAAUAUUAUAGACCUAAAAAAAAACUUAAAUUAAUCUUAAUCACACCAUUGUGGUUUAGUGGUAGACGAACUUUUAUUAACUGAAGAAAAUGUUCAAAAAAAAAAAAAAACUUUUAUUAACUGAGUUUGAAGAUAUUCUACUACACUUCAUCGUGUGGUUACGUAGAUAUAAAUCUAUUGAUUAAAGUUUAUUUAUAUAUCCGAAGAGAUGGUUUGUUCGUGGACUUUACUUCCAUUUGAGUAUUAGUAUGGAUCAUCCCAUAGGCAUGUAAUAUCACACGUUAAACAAAACAAGAAAACAUAAGUUAAUUUUGUUUAUCUUACAAACUCAUAUGUUUUGCUUUCCGCUGUGAGAAAAAUGUACACUAAUAUAUUUUCUGUGUAAAAGCAUGUCAUUGAGAAAAUACUAAUUAAAAAAGAUAUCUUUUGAGGAAAACAAGGUUAGUCUAUGGGAAUCUAGCUGAGCUUGAGCCUCACAAUACGUGCACCCUCGCCAAUUGUUUAUAUCAUUCGCAUGUUAUGAAUUUUAUAAGCCGAUAAAAACUAUAAUGUACCUAAAGUUCUAAUUAAAGUUCACAGAUUGUUUAUACUCCAUUCCACAUAGGUCAAGCCUUUAAUAGAUUGUUCACGUGAAACGCAGGGCCGGUCCAACAUUUUCAAAAUUUUUUAAUGCUUUAUACUCAAUUUAAAUUUUGUGACCUUGUUAUUUUGUACUUUAUAUACAACUAAAAUUUUCAUUUGAAAUUGGCGUGCCCUAAACGGUCAAUUUCUUUGCAUAUGCUCCGGACCUGCCAUGCCAAAACGAAAUUAAUAUAUAAUGAGUUGUGGCAUUGGCAUGCUCUGUAGGGUACAGAUCCUCCUCGAAUUUACGUUGCUAAAACAUGUUAUAUAAUUUUGUUUUCGUGGUAAAACUUUUAGAUACAAUUGAAUUUUGAAUCUAAGUUAAAUGUAGUAUGAGAGACGUAGUCAACGGAAAAUUUUGAUUCUGGUUACAUGUAUAAUUGGAACUUUUAUCCAUAAAUGAAGAUUUUCCAUGAUGAAAAUAUGUACAGUAAUACUAUUAAAUACAAAUUUAAGAGAACGAAGAAGAAGAGAGCUAGUCAACGGUCAAAGUGACAGAGAAACGUAAUGCCCUAAAGUGGAGAAAGUGUCAGUUCGAUUGCUUACGUUUCAGUACUGAUUUACAUUUGCAUUGCUAAUCUACACACCUUCACUUCUUCGGUUUCUUCUUUAAACAAAACAAAAUAAAGUUUCUCUAUUUUUUUGCCACUAUCAUAAUUACUAGGUCGAUAAAAUACAUGAGAUGUAGUCUAUAUACUGUUUACCAGUUAACAAAAAGAAUGUCAUUUACCUUUCAUUAUAUUUUGUUUUUUUAUGAACCUUUUUUGGAUGAAAAAUUAUCAAACUAAUUAAAUUCAUUAUGGCGAGUGUCGAGAUUCGAAAGACGUAAAUAAAAAAUCGAUUUUCACAAAUGUACUUAUAGACUUUUCAGAUAUCAGGUAAACAAAUUAAACUAGUAUCUUAAAUUUUCUUUUUGGCAUGUAGUAUUUCAGGUAUAUUAUAUUUUGUUAAUUUUGUAUCUAAAAAUCAAAACAUUUUUCUUUUAACAUCUCUAAAAGCAAAAUCAUUGCCACAGGAACUUCACUCAAAAAUCAUAAUCAUUGCAAUGAUUUUUUUACUCAGAUGAAAUACUGUUGUUAUGUACAAUGCCAACUCUAUACAUCAUUUUUACUUUAUGACUCCACCAUAUAUUUGUUUUUAUUCUAUUUUUCAGUAUUGCUCAAUACAAAUAAAUUGAAGUUUUUCUGAGUUUAUUAGUUCUAUAUGGAAAUAAAAAAUAUUCAUUACGCAAAUACAAAAAAAGCAAGAUCGAUUCCAGAUAUAUAUAAAAAUCAGUAUUUUUAAAAGAGUUCUAUACAACCACUUAAACGAUUCUAAAUACUAAGACACCAAUUGAUCAAAAAAAAAAAAACUAAAACACCUUAAACCAUUGUAAUAAUCUUCUAAACCAUAUAAAAAUGACUUCUUCCCUUAUAAAAUAAAUGACGUUUUGAAGAGUUUUAAUGUUUCAAUAAUGAAAACCAUUUAAUAAUGUUUCAAUAUAAAAAAAAUAUAUUUUAAUUUUUGUGCAUAUCAACUAUUUUGAAAUAAAAAGUAUAAUAAUAAAAUAAUAAAUAAUUAUUUAUAAAUCAAAACUAAUAUAUCACUUUUUAAAAUUUCAUGAAAAUAUUUUUAUUUAUUUUAUUAUUUAUAAAUAUACUGUUUAGUAUAGUGCAUUAUAAAAUUAGUAUAUUAGUAAUCUACGUAGUCUAUUAAAUAUUUUAGGCGCUAGUCAUUGAAUUACUAUUCAAUUAAUGCAUAUGCACUUUCUUGACAACGGACAAAAAAUACAAAAAGAAAAUCCCUCUUUGUUCAAUCAUUAUCUAAAAAUUCCCAAAAACUCUAAUAAAGAUAAGAGCAUGUUUAUCCCUUGAUCCUUAAGUGUGUUUCUUAGUAAUUAUUUAAUAUUUUAAUUGUACUUAAGUGGAGUUAAGAAUCAUAGUUAAGAAACUCCCAUUUGGAGCGGUCCAAUGGAAGUUUCUUAAUUAGGGGUUCUUAAGAAAUUUUUUUUUAAUUUUUUUAAAAGAUAAAAUUUAUUUAUUAAUUCAAACAUAUUAAAAAAUAACAUUUAAAACAUAGAUUUUUUU